CCUUUGCUACACGCAGAUGGUUCUAUAAUAUAGAUCGGGUAAAAGAAACGAAAGGUCCACUGGUCCAAAAGAGAGACAGCAGAUGCCCUUUUUUUUUAUUCUCUUUCUUUGCCGAAGACCACAAAACCAAUCCAGACAUAAGCUGAUUUGACUCGUGAUUUUUUAAAGAGGAAAAAAAGAAAAAGAAAAAUCUUACCACAGUACUUUACCGCAUUGGAGUUCUACAUAAACCCAGCUAAGGUUGAGCUAUACUCAACAUACCCUCUCUCUCUUAACCAAAAACAACGUACGUACUCUCUCUUCUCCCCCUCACUUGUAGCCUUUUGUGCUCAACAUUCUCUCUCUCUCUCUCUCUCUACCAAAAACAACGUCCUCUCUCUUCUCCCCCUCGUAGCCUAUUGUGCUCCACUCUCUCUCUCUCUCUCUCCCACUAGUCAGAAAGUUUUUAAUUUGUGGUGUCUUUGAAAACAAAAUGGCAGAGGUACUAACCGAAGAACAGAUUGUUGAGUUCAAAGAAGCUUUUUGUCUGUUCGACAAGGAUGGAGAUGGUUGCAUUACCAUUGAUGAACUGGCCACGGUCAUUAGGUCACUGGAUCAAAAUCCAACCGAAGAAGAACUUCAGGAUAUGAUCAGCGAAGUUGAUUCGGAUGGAAAUGGGACCAUAGAGUUUGCUGAGUUUUUAACUUUGAUGGCCAAAAAAACAAAGGAGACUGAUGCGGAGGAGGAGCUUAAAGAGGCGUUCAAAGUGUUUGACAAGGAUCAGAAUGGCUAUAUAUCAGCUAAUGAGUUGAGGCAUGUUAUGAUCAAUUUAGGUGAAAAGCUUACCGAUGAGGAGGUGGAUCAGAUGAUUAAAGAGGCUGAUUUGGACGGUGACGGCCAAGUUAAUUACGACGAGUUUGUUAAAAUGAUGAUGAACAUCGGGUGAAAAAAUUCCCAGGCGAUCGGAUCGAAGAUGCCGUGCUCAGAAUUCAUUGAAUUAUAACAUCUUUAACUCCAUAAGAAACUUGUAUUCAUUUUUAUUAUUGUCGUUGCUGUGGUAAUGUAGCCAGCCAACCAAUGAUCAUGACCGAAAAUUAGAAUGACCUGAAAAAUCACUAUUUGAUUUUGUCCAAAGCUGAAUUGUAUUCUUUCUUUUCUACUCCAGAAGUUGUUUAAAUAUGUUUUUUAAAUGGAAAUAGAUUUGGGAA